AUGGCUGCAUUUACUUUUGUGUUUUCUGGAUUCGCGGAAGAAAAAGUAAAUGCAGCAAUUCUCGACGUCGUCAUUGCGGACUAUGCACUUUGCAGUGAUGCUGGAGAAGAUGAUUUUACAGACACCAAAAGGGUCACUCAAUCACAUGUUCCGGCCGCAAAUAUUCCUGUUAGAUUGAAUGUUCCUGAAGAACACUCAAUGGGAAUAGCAGCUAAUGAAUCUAAAGUGCGCCAGAAGCAUAGUAGACCAAUUGAAAUUAUUAAUGAUAAUGAGCUUGAGCCUCGAACUGUAGAAGAAUGUCAAUAUCGAAAUGAUUGGCCAAAAUGGAAAGAAGCAAUACAGGCCGAGCUAGACUUAUUAGCCAAACGUAAGGUAUUUGGACCAGUAGUCCAAACACAUGAGAAUGUCAAACCUGUUGGGUAUAAAUGGGUUUUUGUAUGUAAAAGAAAUGAAAUGAAUGAAAUUGUGAGAUACAAGGCACGUCUUGUAGUAUAA